AUGCGAUACUCAAUUCAGUCCAGCCUCUUGUUGGCUGCCACUUUGUCCCCCGUGGUUGAUGCCGAACGUGUUUUGGGUGCUUAUAUCUUCGCUCGUCAUGGUGAUCGUACCCCCAAGGUGUUCGGUAACACUCAACUGACCGACCUGGGCUACCGGGAGGUCUUUGAUGUCGGAUCAUUCUAUAAUAAGCGAUACAUCUCGUCGGAGUCUUCUAAGCAGAUCGAGGGGAUCAGCGCCGAUGUCGUCAACCCAAAGCAGAUCAGUGCCUCUGCUCCCUCAGAUGCCGUGUUGCAGAACUCAGCCACUGGCUUCCUGCAAGGCAUUUAUCCUCCCGUAGGGAAAGCGGCUUCCCAAACCCUGGGCAAUGGAACCUCGGUCGAAGCACCGUUGAAUGGAUACCAGCUUAUCCAGCUGACAGCCGCUACUACAAGCAAGAACGCCGAGGACGGGAUUUGGUUGCAGGGCUCUAGUGGCUGCCAGAAGGCGAUGGUGAGCAGCAAUAACUACUUCAAGUCAGACAUGUAUACCGCACUACUGUCUUCUACUAAAAGCUUCUACCAAUCGCUGUCACCCAUGCUGGACGGCGCCUUCUCUUCGGCUGAUAUGACAUUCAAGAAUGCCUACACCAUUUUCGACUACUUGAAUGUUGGCAGAAUCCACAACUCUACCAGUCAAUUCCCACACAAGUCAGACUUGACCGACGAAGUGUACCACCAGCUGAUUGCACUGGCUGGCAGCCACGAGUUUAAUCUGGCCUACGACUCCUCCGAUGAAGUGCGUGCUAUUGACGGCGCUGUCCUUGCGGGUGAGAUUCUGGCUGGUCUCGGCGAAACCAUCACUACCAAAGGCAAAUCCAAGCUCAACGUCGGUUUCGGCUCCUAUGGUACCUUCUUCUCUCUGUUCGGCCUGAUGCAGCUGCCUGCUGCAUCCGUCGACUUCACCGGAAUCCCCGACUACGCCUCUUCAAUGGUCUUCGAGCUGGUGACGAAUUCCUCCGGCACGGACUUCCCCGCUGACAAGUCCGACAUCAGCGUGCGGUUUAUGUUUCACAAUGGUACGAUCACGGGCUCAUCUGAGCCCACCGCAUACCGUCUGUACGACCAGAAAAGCGAGCUUCUUUCCUGGGAUGAGUUCUCUUCGAGAACCAACGAGAUUGCUGUAGGCUCCGACGACGAGUGGUGCGCGAAGUGCGGCAACACAGACGGGAAGUGCUCUAGUUUUGCCAGUACUAGCAGCAACCCCGGCUCUGCCGAUACCUCUGGCACGGGCGGGUCGGGAAUGUCCCUAGCUGUGGCGGGCGUCAUUGGCGCUAUGGUCACCCUUGCGGUGAUCCUUGGUUUGCAAACCAUUUUCUUCCUUCUCGGUGGAUUCCGCAUCACGAAGCGAACCAAAGCUAGUGCUGAAAGUUUGUCUACCGAUAUCGAAGUGGAGAAGGAGGCUUAG